AUGGAUCCAGCCAAUGGGACCAGAGUGCAGGAAUUCAUUUUGCUGGGUUUUGAGUCUGGGCAGCAGGAACGAAUCCUGCUCUUCAUCGUUUUCGCCGUGCUCUACAUGCUCACUUUGGCUGAGAACAUCACCAUUAUCGCCUUGGUGUUCCUAGACAACCACUUGGCUAAACUUCCCAUGUACAUCCUGCUGAGCAACUUCUCCUGGCUGGAGAUGUGUUACGUGACGACCACAGUGCCCAGGAUGCUCUUCGACUUGGCCUCCUCCGAAAGGAUCAUCCCCUUCAGUUCCUGCUUCCUGCAAUACUAUAUUGUUUUCUCACUGGGCAGCACUGAGUGCUUCUUCCUCUCAUCCAUGGCCUUGGAUCGCUACUUGGCCAUCUGCCAUCCACUGCGCUAUCCCCAAAUUAUGUCCCAAGAUUUGUGUUAUGCCCUGGUGGCUACUUCUUGGAUGCUGGGCUUCCUGUGGCACGUGGUUCCAGUGACUUUGAUCUCCAAGUUGUCCUUCUGCGGCCCUAACAUCAUUGACCAUUUUAUGUGUGAUCCCGGGCCAAUUCUGUCCUUAGCUUGCCCUCCAGUACCAAAUGCUCCUAUUAUCAUUCAGACACUCAUGAAUGGUCUUGUCAUCAUAGGCAACUUCUUGUUUGCUGUCCUGUCUUAUGGCGCUGUCAUUCUUACCUUGCUGAAAACUUCAAACCAAGACAGUCGGAAGAAGGCCUUCUCCACCAUCGCCUUCCACCUGCUAGUGGUGACGCUUUUCUAUGGCUCAGUUUUAGGGAUGUAUGUAGUACCGGGAGGAGAAAGUGAGUCAAAGAUCACUAAGGUCGUAACAGUCUUCUACACUAAUGUUACGCCCUUACUCAACCCCCUGAUCUAUUGCUUGAGGAAUGAUCAGGUGAGAGAAGCUCUGGGUAGACUGUUAAGGAGAAGGGUGGGCUUCAUGAGGAGAAAGAUGACUAUGUAA